GGGAUAGGCGAGUUGUAGGCGUCGCGCGUCCGGGUUGCAGAACGUUUGGUGUAGAGCUCAGAAAAGCAAAUAUGACUGACUGUAAAAAUGCCAGCAUUUUAAUCGUGGGAAGUGGAAUCGUUGGUCGGAGCUGGGCCAUGUUGUUUUCAAGUGCGGGCUACAAAGUCACUCUUUAUGAUACUGUUCAGCAACAGGUCACCUGCGCAAUUGAAAAUAUAAGAAAACAGCUGACUGAACUUGAGAAGACUGGCAUGCUGAGAGGAACCUUCAAUUCCGAGGACCAAAUGCUGCUGAUCGGUGCCUGUAAUGACCUUGCACAAGCAGUAGAGGGUGCCAUUCACAUCCAGGAAUGUAUUCCUGAAAACUUGGAACUGAAGAGGAAGCUUUUUCAAGACCUCGAUGAGCUCAUGAAUGACCAUGUGAUUCUCGGCAGUUCUACCUCAUGUCUUUUGCCUUCAAAAUUGUUCAGUGGUCUUAAGCAUGUAAAACAGUGCAUUGUGGCCCAUCCUGUGAAUCCAACGUACUAUGUACCUCUGGUUGAACUAGUUCCUCAUCCUGAAACACAUCCUGCUGUACUAGAACAAACCUAUGCACUAAUGAAAGAUAUUGGCCAGUUGCCAGUCAAACUGACCAAAGAGAUUGAUGGAUUUGCCUUGAAUCGAAUUCAGUAUGCGAUCAUUGGAGAAUCAUGGAGACUUGUUAAUGAUGGUGUACUUUCACCCGAGGAUGUAGACCUUGUGAUGUCAGCAGGUUUAGGAAUGCGCUAUGCGUUUAUGGGACCUUUUGAAACAAUUCAUCUCAAUGCAAACGGUCUCAAGAAUUACUUCAAAUGCUAUGACGUGGGUAUGAAAAGAGUUUCAUCAUCCUUUGGACCUGUUCCCGAAUUUUCCGGUGAAGCCUUGGAGAAAAUUAACCAGGCAAUGUCUCAAAGGAUUCCACCUGAUCCAGAAAACCUCAAUGCAAGAAGACAAUGGAGAGACUCAUGUUUAGCUGCUCUUACCAAGUUGAAGACGUGUAUGAAGUCGGAUUGCAAAUGAAACAAGUCCCUGGAGAUUCUGUCAAGAUUUAUAUCUCACAUAUAGCCCUCUUAAAAUAUAUUGCAAUAUAAAAGAUGCAAUUUCAGUUAUUGUUGAUUUUGACUUGUCUCUUCAUUUAAUAUCUUUAUAACUUGCACCAUUUGUGUUUAGUAUUUGCAAUUAGAUUUAACCUUUUUUAAAAGACAGUCUUGGUUUUAAGAGCUAUAUAUCUGUCAAUAUAUAUUUGUCUGUAUUUAGAUUACAAAUAUUUUAAACUUUUUAGAAAUGGAUUUAUUAAUCUCUACAAAAACUUAGCGAGUCCUGAACAUUAAAUUAUUCUACUAAAACAAAAUCUGUUUGACCAGACCAAGUUAUAAUUGUUUUUGUUAAAAACAUUAAUUUCAUUCACAAGACAAAACUGGCACUGUCUACGUUGUACAAAAUAAGAACAUGCAUUGAGAUGAUGUAUAAUUUGUUCUUUUUGUAUCAGAAUGCCAUAAGCUUCCUUUUUGCUAAAAUUAGUGAACAAAAUCGUGACUGUAAUUUGGGGAACUCUGCUCCUUGCUCAAUUACUAUUUUUCUAAAAUUAACAUACUGUGGAAAAUAUACCCAAUUAUGUUUUAUCUCUAACAUGUUGAAGGAUGAUUCUUUCAGGUGAGAGGUUUCUUUUUCCUAUGGCCUUACUAGCCAAUGAAAAUCUUUAAAUUAAUAGAUUAAAUAAUGCAAGUCAUGAUGGUUCAUCUUAUUACACAAUCUGGGUGGAUACCAUUUCAGGAAGUCCCUUAAAUAUGAUUGAAACAUCAAUAAAAUGUUCUGUCUGAGUA